CCAUCGAUAGAGAUGAUCACAAGAUACAGAGGUAAUGUAGGAUACAGAUGGAUAACACAACUUUUUUUUUCUCGUGCAUUGAUUUAACUGUUAUAUAUAUUACUCACCCAGUCUUCAUUUCGCUGUUAAAGUGCUCUCAUACAUCUAUUAAAACGAGAACUUACCGUUUACAUAUAAAUACGAGUUGAUACACAGUAUUGCCCUACUGUGAACUUCAUACUCAUUGGACAUGCAAGAUUUGUAUAGAUCUUCUCCGCCUCACACGAUAACAGAUUUUGUUCCUUGUUUGUAUUACUAGCUUUAUAUUUGAUGUUCCCGAGAUUCAGUCAUUCAAUAGUCUCUUAAAAUAGAGAAACCCUUCUUUUCCACCAGUAGUUGGUAAUCUCUUGAUUUCAUAUUGUACAGCCGAAGAAGCCAUACCCUUGGUAACAAUGUCUGCUCUUGUCGAUAAUAGCGGAAAGCAGAUAGAACUGGUGGACCUUGGUAUAACAAUGUCGAUCCCACCAGGGGCUGUACAAGAGAGGGGCUCCUGCAAGAUAACAUUAACCAGUAUACAAGAUCCACCAUGUAUUAACAGUCAGGGGGGUGAAGCAUUGGCCUGUCUUGGGAUCAAAUGUGAGCCUCCAAACAUGAUCUUUCACCAACCUGUUAAGAUCAAGAUACCACACUCAGCCUUCAUCGUCAACCCAGAUCAAGUGAAGCCUGACAUCGUUUGCCGUUCAUGGGAUUCAGUGAAGGAUCUACCGAGAACAUCGAGAAAUAGAUCAUCCAGCUCACCUGACGAACCACCAUACUGCAAAGUGUACCAUAGACAUCUUGAGCUGUACAUUGGUCACUGUGCUGAGUGGUGGGUUCUUCUUCCUCUUGAACAGCAGGUGAUCCGACACCAACUUAUGUGCACUCCAUACAUCCCAGAAGGCAUACAAAGAGGCAAAGAGAUUGAAGUUCAUCUUCAUGUGCAUGCCGAUCUUCCUGGCAUAAAUACGGAAGUUCUACGUGAUGAGAAGCAUCAGGCGUACCGCGAGGCCCAUCGUUCAGUCCCAUUUAGCAUCAUAUCUCAUUCAGGUGACGUUACAGUGGCACGUGAUUGUGAGGGGAAGAUCGCAGAAACUAAGGGUUCCGGUGCAGUAGAGGCCAGAUUCUAUUAUGAACUCAUUUUCAUACGUAACAAGCUAUGGGAGCUUACAAAGAGGUCAUAA